GGGUCAUCUUUGUGCUUCCUGGACGCGGCGUUCACGCGUGUCGUGGGAGUUUCGCGCCUGCGGAUCCGCAAAGGGUUCAGACACAGGGGGAUGUGGGCACGCAUCCCACCACCCCUAGUGAGGGAGGAAAGAAGCAAUAGGGCUUGCUAAAAUGCAAGGGGAGCCAAACCCUAGUGCUUCCCUUAUUGACAGAACCAUCAAGAUGAGAAAAGAAACAGAAGCUAGGAAAGUGGUUUUAGCCUGGGGACUCCUAAAUGUAUCUAUGGCUGGAAUGAUAUAUACUGAAAUGACUGGAAAAUUGAUUAGUUCAUAUUAUAAUGUGACAUACUGGCCUCUCUGGUAUAUUGAGCUUGCCCUUGCAUCUCUCUUCAGCCUAAACGCCUUAUUUGAUUUUUGGAGAUAUUUCAAAUAUACUGUGGCACCAACAAGUCUGGUUGUUAGCCCUGGACAGCAAACACUUUUAGGUUUGAAAACAGCUGUUGUGCAGACUACUCCUCCACAUGAUCUGGCGGCAACCCAGAUCCCUCCCUGCCCACCUUCUCCUUCAAUUCAGGGUCAGAGUGUGUUGAGUUACAGCCCAUCCCGCUCACCCAGUACCAGCCCCAAGUUCACCACCAGCUGUAUAACUGGAUACAGCCCUCAGCUGCAAGGUCUGUCGUCAGGUGGCCGUGGUUCUUACAGUCCUGGAGUGACCUACUCGCCUGUCGGUGGUUAUAAUAAGUUGGCAAGCUACAGUCCUUCUCCUCCUUCUGCAUACCCUACCACUGUUGGACCGGUGGAGAGCAGUGGAUUGCGAUCUCGCUACCGUUCUUCACCCACGGUGUAUAACUCCCCUACCGACAAGGAGGACUACAUGACAGACCUACGAACUUUGGAUACUUUUCUUAGAAGUGAAGAAGAGAAACAGCAUAGAGUUAAGCUGGGGAGCCCGGACUCCACCUCGCCGUCCACUAGUCCCACUUUCUGGAACUACAGUCGUUCUGUGGGGGAUUAUGCGCAAACCUUAAAGAAGUUUCAGUACCAGCUGGCCUGUAGGUCUCAGGCCCCAUGUGCCAACAAAGAUGAAGCUGAUCUCAGUUCUAAACAAGCUGCAGAAGAGGUUUGGGCAAGAGUGACAAUGAAUAGACAACUUCUUGAUCAUAUGGAUUCAUGGACAGCUAAGUUCAGAAAUUGGAUCAAUGAGACAAUAUUAGUGCCACUUGUACAGGAGGUUGAGUCUGUCAGCACACAGAUGAGACGGAUGGGUUGUCCAGAGCUGCAGAUAGGAGAGGCUAGUAUUACUAGCUUGAAGCAAGCUGCUCUGGUCAAAGCUCCUCUCAUUCCAACUCUGAAUACAAUCGUGCAGUAUCUAGACCUUACACCAAAUCAGGAAUACUUGUUUGAGAGGAUCAAAGAACUAUCUCAAGGAGGCUGUAUGAGCUCGUUUCGAUGGAAUAGAGGUGGAGACUUCAAAGGACGCAAGUGGGACACAGACCUGCCCACUGAUUCUGCUAUCAUCAUGCAUGUAUUCUGCACCUACCUUGAUUCCCGGUUACCUCCACACCCAAAGUACCCCGACGGGAAAACAUUUACCUCUCAGCACUUCGUUCAGACACCAAAUAAACCAGAUGUGACCAAUGAGAAUGUCUUUUGCGUUUAUCAAAGUGCUAUCAACCCUCCCCACUAUGAACUGAUCUACCAGCGUCAUGUCUACAAUCUUCCAAAGGGCCGAAAUAAUAUGUUUCACACCUUGUUAAUGUUCCUCUACAUUAUAAAGACCAAAGAGUCAGGAAUGCUUGGGAGAGUUAAUCUUGGUCUGUCCGGUGUGAAUAUAUUGUGGAUUUUUGGCGAGUAGUGGGUCGUUGAAUUCCAAACAUUUGGACUUUGAUUUGGCUGAAUCAGAAGUUGAAUCUCAGCAUCCGUGAGUCACUGCCACUUUUGAAAGAAGAUACAUAUGAACGCUACAGACUCUUUAGAUUUAACGAAAGUUUAGCUAUUAUGAAACUUGCUGUAUCUUCUACACCAAGAGAUAGUACCCUCGGUUUUUUACCGCAUUUCAGAUUUUUCAGUUGCCUACAAAACUGUGAUCCUUCAGAUUUUUGUUGACCCCAACAGUGUAGGUCCCCCUUAAUUAAAUAAGUUUGAGUCUCUUUUCAUUGUAAACCCCAAAUAAGAAUCAUCCACCUGAUUCUUCCCUACAAAAAUUUUCUUCAAUCACAUUAUUUAGUAUAAAUACUUAAAAAGAAACAAGUUAUAAUUUAUUUUUUAUCUCUGUAUUUCCACAGUGUUCAGCAAAUAAGCCUAUGUCCCACAUUUAAAGAAAUGAGAUAAACUUCUAAGUAAUGUAGUAGUUCAUGUGUAUUUUUAAAAUAUUAUUGAAAGAGAUUUGACAGUAUUAGCGUUUAAAAAUUCAACUCUUGAAUUAAAUUUAGUUGAUAGAAUUAAACUUUUGGGUCUUAGUUAAGAGGCUGAGGACAUCAAGAAAAUUACUGCUUUGGUUUAAUAACUCAAUUUCACUAUUCCAUAGUAUUGUAUUUUAAGAGUUCCCUUCCUUAAGAUCAUAUGAUACCUUGUCUGUUUAAAUUUUUUAGAUAUGUUCAAAAUUAUCUGGAGAGUAAGAAGUUACCACAUUUGUAAGUUUUACUUGACUCUCCAUCCUUAUUUUCUUAUGUGUAUAUGCAGUAUCUCUAAGGCUAGCUGGCAUUUGUGUGUGUUUUCCAGAUUGACAUAUUAUUAGAGACUGCUUCCGUCACCUGGAAACAAGUGAAGCCAGUAUCUUCUGAGCCACUCAUGUCAUUAUUGUAUAUGCAGCCUAUUUUGUAUCGUUUGUAAAUUCCAUUUUUCAAAAAGUUGUUCCUGUUUUUUAAAAGUUAAAUGUCCAAAGGAAAGGAAGUUUCUAUCUUUUGAUUGCUUUUGAUAUGUUUUAAAUGUUUGCUAUGAUAUUUUAGAAGAAAAUAUCAAUUAAAUGUGUUAAGUAUAAAAGCAUGUUAGAAUCUAUUUCAAAAGUUAUUGAAGGUGUCAUGGAAUAACAAUUGUUAACGUUGUUAAACUAUUCAUUUGCAUAUUCUUUAUUAAAAGUAAUAAGGAGAAAAAUUUUAACAAUACUUAAGACAAAUUUUUUUUUCUUUAUAGGACUUACGGCAGCUUUUAGUCCAAAAAUUCAAAGCUAUAAUAUUUUAUUUUUUAAGUGCCUGUCAAAAAAUACAAUAUGCAAUAUAAAUAUACAUGUCAAAAGAGUUGGGAGAUGUAUGAAGAAAGAAAGGGUGUUUUGUUUGCACACUGAAUCUAGUAUGGGUUCCUGUACUCGGGGGAGCUAUCCUAUAUUAACUUGUCCUCACAAAUGUUUGAGCCAGUUUAUACUUUAAUAUGGCUUUUAUUAAAAAUAUUUUGUGAAUUAGUUUGAAUUUAUACUUUGGGAAGACAGUACACUGCAAAUAUGGUAAAUUUUUUGGUCCUUGUGUUAAAAUGAGUAAAUAUCAACUUUUCUCUAAUUAAAUGUUAUUUAUAGUAUAUUUUA